AGACGUUACUCGUGCGUAUCGUAUGCAUAUACCCUACUCCCGCCCCGCCCCGCCCAAACUCUCUCUCUCUCUCUCUCUCUCUCUGCACAUUGCGAGGAAAAAUGGCCGACGUCAGUCCAGUGCGUGCGGUGCACAAGAAAGACAUGGCGAAUUAUCUGAUAAAGCACCACUUCGAUCAGCUUCGUUCCAUCAGUCUCUCCCCUGACUCUCGCCUCCAUUACCCUCUCUACAUCGAUUUUGCAGAGUUUUUCGAUUACCAUCCCACGCUUGCGAAGGUCAUUUUCUUCAAACCAAUUGAAUACUUACACCUGUUCGACGAAUCAGCUACCUUCGCUCAGGAGAAAGUCAUAGAUUCAGGUUCAAAAGGUUGGAACAAUGCUAUUGUGAAGAAGUUUGUGCAUGUUCGGAUCAAUGUUUGCGGUUCUCCUCUUGAAUUACAGGAAACUUUUCCAAGCAUUGGGCGGAUUAGAGUGAAGCAUCGUGGGAAACUUAUCACUCUCAAAGGAACUGUCAUACGGUCUGGAGCAAUCAAGAUGAUCGAAGGGGAAGUGGAAUUUGAGUGCCGGAAAUGCAAACUCAGGUUCACAGUUUAUCCGGAGUUGGAAACAAGAAAUACGCCGACAAAGCCAUCAGUUUGCCCAUCCCAGGGUGAUGAAAUUUGUGGAGGCACCAGUUUCCUACCUGUAGAUGGCCCCGUGUGCCAUGAUUAUCAGGAAAUUAAGAUCCAAGAAAGUACACAAGUGUUGGGUGUUGGGGCAAUCCCUCGUUCGAUUCCUGUCAUUUUGAGUGAUGAUCUUGUUGACAUUGUCAAGGCUGGAGAUGAUGUUAUUGUUACUGGGGUUUUGACGGCCAAAUGGUCUUCGGAUUUGAAGGAUGUGCGUUGUGACCUUGAUCCUGUAUUAAUUGCUAACCAUGUGAGGAGAGUUAAUGAGCUGAAGUCAGACAUUGAUAUUCCAGAUGAUGUUCUUAUGACGUUCGAGCAAUUCUGGUUGGAUUUCAAAGAUAAACCUUUGAAAGGGAGGAAUGCCAUUCUGCGAGCUAUAUGCCCACAAAUUUUUGGUCUCUUCACUGUAAAGCUUGCAGUGGCAUUAACACUUAUUGGAGGUGUCCAACAUGUUGAUGCUUCUGGGAUGAAAGUUCGGGGAGAGUCUCAUUUCCUUCUGGUUGGCGAUCCAGGUACUGGAAAGUCUCAGUUCUUGAAGUUUGCUGCUAAAUUGAGCAACAGAUCAGUUAUUACUACUGGGUUGGGAAGCACUAGUGCUGGAUUGACAGUUACUGCAGUCAAGGAUGGUGGUGAGUGGAUGUUGGAAGCUGGGGCCCUUGUUUUAGCAGAUGGUGGUCUUUGUUGUAUAGAUGAAUUUGACAGCAUGCGAGAACAUGACAGAGCAACAAUACAUGAAGCGAUGGAGCAACAGACGAUAAGUGUUGCCAAGGCUGGUCUUGUAACAACUCUCAGUACUAAGACAAUUGUCUUUGGUGCAACAAAUCCCAAAGGACAUUAUGAUCCUAGUCAACCUCUGUCGGUCAACACGGCACUCUCUGGACCCUUGCUUAGCAGAUUUGAUAUAGUCCUAGUCCUACUGGAUACCAAGAACCCGGAGUGGGAUGCAGUGGUUUCGUCUCACAUACUUGGCCAGGCUGAACCAGAGAAAGGAAAGCAUGAUGAGGAUUUAGCAAAUGUCUGGCCACUUCCAAUGCUUAGAAGGUACAUUUAUUUUGUCAAAAGAUACUUCAAGCCGGUUCUCACAAAGGAAGCUGAAAAAGUCAUUUCGAGCUAUUAUCAAUUGCAACGACGAUCUGCGACUCAAAAUGCAGCUAGGACAACCGUGCGCAUGCUGGAAAGUUUAAUAAGACUUGCUCAAGCACAUGCAAGACUAAUGUUCAGAAAUGAGGUCACACGAUUGGAUGCCGUAACUGCUAUUCUAUGCAUUGAAUCAUCGAUGACUACCUCAGCAAUAGUGGACAGCGUUGGGAAUGCAUUGCAUUCCAACUUCACUGAAAACCCUGACCAAGAAUAUUCUAAACAGGAAAGGCUGAUCAUUGAGAAGCUAAGCUGUAUUGACGAUUUCCCGGACAUAGGAAAUCUAGCAGGAUCUUUAAGAGGAUGAGAUUAUACAGAAAGCAAGGGGUAAUCCUGCUUAGUGUAGAAAAGUUGAUUUCAAGCUGCUGCUCAAGACCAUGGGAAAUUGUUUGUCCAAAUUUCUAUUGGAAGAACCUCAUGUGUUGCCUUGAAGAGGUAAUAUCUUAGACUCUUAGCACUUAACAAUCUUAUUGUGUUGAAGUGCUAGUAAAUAUCUUCGAACUACUAUUUAUUAUAGUUUGGAUAGUAUACCCAUUAUUAUGGUUUUCAUCA